AUCCUGCUUGUAUGCAUUUGUGUAUCACAACCAAGCUCGUCCUGUGUUUGACCUCUAUUUGUGGCUAAGCUUCCUAGGGUCUGUCAGCAACAAUCUGUCUCACACACAGAUCCCACCUGGCACAACAGUUAACCAGUAAAGUGUCUCCUUUUCAUGGAUGCAGUCCGUCCAUCUCCAGGUGAGAAGAUUACUGCAAAGGGAGACUUGGCUGAAUCAUGUCUUCAGUUGUGUUACGUAACACUCUGUGAGGGCGGCCACGUGGCCACAGGGCUCACCUGUGUUUAGAUUGACCAUCUGCACUUCCCCACCUAAAUCCCAUCUACACACACCGACAGAGGACAUCUUACAGCUGAAGGGACUUCUGCUUGCCUCUGGUGGGAUCCGAGAUGAAUCCACAUCUUUCCCAGCUUUAUGUGUGAAGAUGAAUUGCAUAAGUGGUAUGAGGAAGAUGUGGGAGCUUGACGGCAGGAAAUAACACAAAAAUGUGCAAACGAGUGACUAAUCCUGGACUGACUGUGAAUUGCAGUGCUCAUACACUGUUUCCUAUUUUCUCCCUGGUGAGACAGGUGCACCAGCAAUUCAUACUGCUAUGUGUGGGUGAGCAGAAGUAAAGCAAGGAUUGCAUCUCUGUUGACACCUCCGCACAUUCAGCGUGAGGGAGAAAGGGAGAGAGAAGCAGAGACAUGCAGAAAGAAAGAGGAAAAAGAGGAGGACAGAAGGAGCGAGAGAGGCAGAGACAGUGAGGGAGAAGAGUGAAACAGACAGAAGAUAUAUUUGACUAUGUGGGUGUGUGAAGUAUCAAGGCAUGCAUGAUGAUUGUGGAUUUGUCCUCUUGAAGCAGUCGGACGAGUCACAGCAGCAGAAGCAGAAGGAUAUUAUUGUUCAAAGUGUGGGUUUUUUGUACUUUAAAACAACAGGACCUGUGAGCACAGAAACAGAAGAGACGUUUUCAAAGGCAAAAUGAUAACUGUUUGGUUUCUGCUGCCCCAAGGAUCUCAUUAACUGGGAUUACAAAAUACCCGAACUAGCUGUCAAGAAUAAUGACGAUGAUAAAAAUGUUGAUGUCUCCUCACUGUCAAUAAUCAAGAAUUCAAAUCCAGAAUUUCGCUGAGAUGGCCGUCAGCUCUAUCAUCAUCUGCCUCCUGUCACUGAUUGGCUAUGGCUCAUCCUACCCCUCACCUCCGCCUCCUCCUCGGGGAUGCAGUGUGGAUGUGGACCCUCCAUACAGAGUCCUGUGUGACCUGGAGUCAGUAUGGGGUGUGGUUCUGGAGGCGGUGGCCUGCAGCGGUGGUCUCACCUCACUAGUCCUCUCUGUGCUCCUGCUGGUCAAGCUACGCUCCAUAUCUGACCCAGCCAGGUGCUCCGGCCUCGGGCCUCUCCUCCUGCUCUUGGCCACUCUCCUUGGGCUGUUUACCAUCUCUCUGGCUUUCCUGGUAGGGAAAAACCAGGCUCUCUGUGUGGUCCGGAGGGCCUUCUGGGGCCCCCUCUUUGCCCUCUGCUUCUCCAGCUUGCUAGUCCAGGGUGUGAGGCUCCGAAGGUUGGUGGCUGGCAAGACAAGCCCAUCAGGCACAACCCUGGCAGCCCUUGGUCUGGCCUUGGCCCUGGUUCAGGGGAUCAUUUCUGCUGAAUGGGUUCUGUUGACUGUAGUUAGGGAGGGUCAUCCAGCUUGUGAAUACCCGCCACUAGACUUUGCUCUGAUAUGCAGCUACACCUUGGGGUUGCUCCUCAUAGCGAUGGGGCUUUCUCUGGGGGUGGUGCUGUGUGGAGGGGAGCUGGGGGCAGAUGGAGCAGGUGGGAGUGAAGAUGACAGAGAAGCAGAGAGUGAAAAACGACAAUGGAAAUGUAACGCCGUCUGGCUCUUCCUGUCCUGUCUGGCAUCAGCAUUGCUGUGGGUGGCCUGGUUGGGGUUUUAUCUCUACGGCAGCCAGGCGCUGAGAGUUAAAGGGAAAGGAGAAAGGUUAGGAAGAGGAGAAAAAAAGGACAUAAGAGUGUUGGAUGAACCUGCACUGGCAGUGGCCUUGGUCAUCCAGGGUUGGAUUUUGCUGCUGUUCCAUGCUAUUCCAGAGGCGCACCUGUGUCUCCGAAAACCCCUACAAUCCAACACACAAGAUUUCUUUGACACCAGUCAGACGAAUCCUCCUCCACAUUUUGGAGAGGAGCUACCUACACACUCUCACCGAUCCUUCCCAGAAAACCAGUCGUUUUCGGUGGAGGAGCACAGUGCAAGUAGGUCCAUGUCUAUCCGCAGUGGAACAUAUCACGGUAGCCACGGGCGUCCUGGCAUCGCCUUCAGAGGUCACGUCUACCAGCCCACUGAGAUGGCUCUGGUCAUGAAUGGUGGCACAAUGCCCACAGCCCCGAUUAACUACACCGGACGACGGUUAUGGUAAAAGAGACAAGACUUGAAGAAGAAACACUCGUCACAUGUUGCCUAGGAUGAAGAACAUAGUACUGAAGAUGUUCCUGUCACACUAAAUGGAUUUGAUAGGAGAUAAAUAUGUUUUGUAUAUUUAUGUUUCACGUAAACAAUUUGACAAGGACGUGGAAGUGAAGGCGUAUGGGGCAUUUCAUUUUAAAACAGAGGUAUUUUAAGGUGUAUUGUGCUGAUCAGUGCAGUCAUACAGUCUUGUGAUGGAUACAAAUACACUGACAGGGAAUGUAUGAAGAGGGCUAUUAUUAUUAUUAUACAUAGUGAAUUUAAAAGCCAGCAUUUCUUGUGGUUUGGAAGGAGAUAUGCUGCUUAUAGACAAAGAGAAAGUAAAGAUGACAGACAGAGAUAGGGAUGUAGUAACGCAUUUUGGUUGAAUGUUUCUAAUUCAGUGGCGUUUGUUACUUAUUUUUAUUGCACUACACUCUUAUCCUCUCUUUUUGUUUUGACUCUAAGCUUCAACUCAAAUAAUACCUUUUGGGUGUUUAUGUAAAUUGCCUUCAUACGCCCACAGAGCUUGCCUACCCUCUGCAGUUCAAGCUGAAAGACCCAAAGGACUCUCAUAGUGUUCUCUCCAUUUCAUUAAUAGUGCUGUCAUGCAUCGUACAUAUGGUUUGGAACUGGAUACAGAAUCUGGAAGAUUGUGAGAUAUUUAAAAGAAGGAAAGAGGGAUUUACUGUUGAACACUAACUUGUUUUUAAUUAGACUAGCAUAUCACAGGACGUCAUCUACCACUGCAAUACCCUACUGUGUAGUAUGGGGGUAUAUGUAUGAGGUCAGUUGGGAUUUUGCACCUUAUUAUUGAUGAUCUUGUUUGUACAUUGUGAUUUUCGUAGGAUGUGCGACAAUUUACGAUGCAUGUAAAAGGACAGUGAUAAUUAUCAAAAAUUAAAGUAUGUAUUUUCAAUAUUUCUUAGAAUUUUGUUAUACGUACUGAAAUAAUAUACCAGUUUUAGUGUGUUUUUAACAUGUUUUCAAAAGGUUGUUUUGGAUUUAAUAAGGUUAACUGUACUUUGUUCAAGAUGCAUAUGGUAACAUCUGAUUAUACUCUGUCGUACAGGAUCCAAGCAUUCAAUCAUCCUUCACUGUGAAUUAAAUUUGAACAGUUCAGAUCCCAUAUGUACUGUUUACUUUAGAAACUUAUUAGCAAAGUUUGAGUCCAGAAUGAUUUGAUAUUAAUCAAUUGAUAUUUUCUUGCUAUGAUUCUUUGAGGUGUCAGUAAUUUUGCUUUUGUGUACAACUGUAUGCUCUAAUAUUGCAGUUAAAAUAUUAUAACUACAGGAUUUUUAUGUAAUAAACCUAUGAAGCUGAGUUUUAUAAUGUAACUGUGACAAAUGUUUCCCUCUGAGAUGCUCUUAUUGUCACUGUUUUAUGGCAGCGUAACAUGAAUAUCUGUGAUGUGAUUUGCACAAAGUGGCUAAUACAUCAGUGUAUGUUUUCUGUUAAAUCUUGAUUGGUUGUUAACUGAUCUUACUUCUACCUUCUGCCUUCACUGGUCGAUUAAUGAGCCCACGUAGAGAUUUGUCACUUCAUAGGGAAUUACUACUGUGAAGAACAAGCUCAUCUGAAAGGGCACAAACCAAUACAAAAAUCUUAAUAAAAUGAAUAAAAUCCAAGUAAAGAAAACACUUUCCUCAACUUGGACAACAUAUGCCACUUUUUGAUGGAAGAUACCAGAUAAACUAUUAAUACCAUUAUUAUUCACCUGGUACUAAAACUAAGAGUGGAAGUCUAAGGAAAUAUAUGAUUUGCAUUAUUGACUCAUCUCAGUGAGGUCUAGAAUGCACGCAUGAAGCAAUUCUGUUAUUGACUAAAAGGUAAUUUCAAUCAAAUCAAAUAAAUGAAAUUCACUUUUUUUUUUUUUUACCCACAACCACGCAUAACAACAUACUUAUAUAUGAAGUAUAGUGUAUGAAGUAUUUCUCAAGAUGUUUUGAACAUUGUUCCAAUCAUAAUGUUUUCCAUUCGUAGUGGGGACCAAUUCAUGAAUGACAUAUUGUCAUUACUCUAUUGCGCCUUCUAGAGUGGGUUUGUGCUGUGUUAAACUCACCCCACUGCUGCAGCAGACAUCUUAAAACUGAAGAGCUGACAGGGAUGACAACCUAAAGGUGAACGUGACAAGUGAUUCAUGACGUUAUGCUGGGGUUUCUACACAAAAAAUGUAAAUAAUCCUACUCAGUUUCUCCUCUCUGCUGAAAGGGAGUGAAAAUGCUACUUGCAGUUUUAAGUGACAAACAAAUGUCAGACACAGUGCACACGAUUUGAUCAGUGUAGUGAAAAACUUUAGAUUGUGUUAGUUCAUCAGACAUAGUACUUUACUAAUUUGAUAGUAAACACUGACAUUUGAUAUUCAAUAAACAAAACCGCUAUUAUAUUAAUCUGAAUUUCUUGCUGAAAAAUGUUCCUGUUUAAGUCUGAUUAAUGUUGCUAUAAUUUUAUUGGUAUCCCUUUCCUUUGUUUAUGUAUGCCCUGUCUGUCACUUUGUCGGAACUCACAGUCAUUGUAUCUUGUUCUCUAACAAAGACAAAUCAGCCAAUGUCUAUCAAAGACUAAAUGACUUCACAAAUAAAACUAGCUGAUAUCCACUGAG